UUUUUUAUAUUAAAUGGCUGGUAAUUUCUGGCAUAGUUCACAUUCACAACAAUGGAUCCUAGAUCGUCAGGACUUAAUACGUGAACGUCAAUACGAUUUGCAAAUUCUCACCGAAGAGGAAUAUCAAAAAGUUUUCAUUUUCUUUGCAAAUGUUAUUCAGGUUCUGGGCGAACAAUUGAAACUUCGUCAACAGGUUAUUGCCACCGCGACGGUAUAUUUCAAACGAUUCUAUGCACGCAAUUCCCUGAAGAACAUCGAUCCAUUGCUGUUGGCUCCAACGUGUAUAUUGUUGGCUUCUAAGGUGGAAGAAUUUGGAGUGAUAUCAAAUUCUAGAUUAAUUUCAAUAUGCCAGUCGGUAAUCAAAAGCAAAUUUAGUUAUGCUUAUACUCAGGACUUUCCCUAUCGCACCAAUCACAUAUUGGAAUGUGAAUUUUAUUUAUUGGAGAAUUUAGACUGUUGCCUAAUUGUGUAUCAGCCAUAUCGGCCACUGUUACAAUUGGUACAAGAUAUGGGUCACGAUGAUCAGUUGUUGACGCUGAGUUGGCGUAUUGUAAACGAUUCGCUUCGAACCGAUGUGUGCUUACUGUAUCCACCGUAUCAGAUCGCUAUUGCGUGCCUACAAAUUGCAUGCGUCAUACUACAAAAAGAUUCCCAGAAAAGCUGGUUUGCCGAAUUAAAUGUUGAUCUGGAUAAGGUACAAGAAAUUGUGCGCGCUAUAGUCAAUCUAUUUGAAUUAUGGAAGGACUGGAAGGAGAAAGAUGAAAUACAAAUGUUGUUGGCGAAAAUACCGAAACCAAAACCAGCACCUCAGCGUUAAAAAUUACACAUUACUGUAAACUUUAUUUAUU